AUGCGACUCCCUGACUCCAUAUCUGAACUGCACUCGCCGAGCAACAACCCUAAUCAAUCGGCGAGGUUGAAGAAGAAUCACAGCAGUCGUCCUUUUCCAGCAGCCCCUUCUUUGCCGCUGCUUCUUCUUUCCCAUCUCCGAUGCAUCACCGAACCCCCUACUCCAUUGAAAUGGCAGUCAUCGUUGAAUGAGAAUGCGGUGGUUGUGGCAUCGACAAUGACAAAGGCAAAAAUCCCUCUUUGCCACGACAAAAAUUCCCCGCCUUCCCAUUUAAGCUCAACCUGGGAAUCGGCGGGAUAUGAUCUUCAGCCGCCGUUAGAUUUGCGGACAACGGCCUCGUUUGAGCUUCAUUGGCGACGAUGGGGGGAAGAUAGAAGCUUGCAGGAGGAAAGAUGA